AUGGCCAACGGUGUUUUUGCAGUCACGGUGUUCUUCAUCUGCUUUCGUGAAUGUCUCGAAAGUGUUAUCAUCGUGUCCGUGCUUCUGUCUUUCCUGAAGCAGACCCUAGGAUCAGAAGGUGAUACGGGGACACUGAAACGAUUAAAUCGACAAGUAUGGCUUGGUGUAGCAGGAGGACUAUUCAUAUGUUUCUGCGUCGGAGGUGGUAUGAUUGGUGCCUUCUACGGCCUCAAUACCGAUGUCUUCACUGGCAGUGAGGAUAUCUGGGAGGGUGCUUUCGGAUUUAUAGCUUCCAUUAUUAUCAGCAUCAUGGGUGCCGGUCUUCUCCGUGUCUCCAAGCUGCAGGACAAGUGGCGAAUCAAGCUCUCUCAGGCUCUGGAGGAGAAAGAGACAGGCCGAGCGGGCAUUAUGCAACGGUUCAAAGACUGGUCCAAGAGGCAUGUCAUGUUCCUGCUUCCCUUUGUGACUGUUCUUCGAGAGGGUCUCGAAGCUGUUGUGUACGUCGGAGGUGUUGGUCUCGGUCUCCCUGCUACCUCUUUUCCCCUCGCGGUCGUUUGUGGUCUUGCUGCCGGUAUUGCCGUUGGAUACCUUCUCUAUCGGUGUGGUAACACUGCCUCCCUGCAGUAUUUCUUGAUUAUCUCGACGUGCUUCCUCUAUCUUGUUUCCGCUGGGUUGUUCUCUCGCGCCAUCUGGUACCUCCAAAACAACGCCUGGAACAACAUCAUCGGUGGUGAUGCCUCUGAGACGGGAUCGGGUGCCGGUUCUUAUGAUAUCCGUCAGAGUGUCUGGCACGUCAACUGCUGUAACCCCGAGCUAGGUAGUGGUGGCGGAUGGGGUAUUUUUAACGCUCUGUUCGGAUGGACCAACUCUGCUACCUAUGGGUCCGUGCUGGGAUACAAUCUCUACUGGAUCUGUAUCAUCAUCGCAUAUGUCUGCAUGUGGUACAACGAACGGUACGGUUAUAUCCCCGUCAUCACGGCCUGUAUGGGCCGAAUUCGCCCCAGGAAGGCUGCCAGUCGAUCCAGCAGUGAGGGAGUGGUUGAGAUGUCCGAGAAGAGGAAGGAGACAGAUCUGAUGCCCUCUCAGAUUGUGACUCGGGAGGUCAAGGGCGCCUGAACCUGUAACAAUUUUCCUGUGAGUGGACGAUAGGG